UGUCCUGGAUGGGAGGAGAGGGGGGAGGGACUACUGAAACAUCUAGAGACACAGAAAGGAACAAGCUGGAGUCUACUGGAUCUCAUCAACCUUACACAUAUAGGAGGGGAGGAGAAGAGGGAGGAGAGAUGGAAGGAGGAGAGGAGGGAGGAGAGAGGGAAGGAGGAGAGGAGGGAAGAGAGAGGGGAGGAGGAAAGAGGGGCUGAGAGAGGUGAAGAAACAAGUGAUGAGACCAGAGAAGACAAGAGGGAAGCUGAGGUCUUGUCUCUCCUCUCCCAUCGUCUUCUUCGCUCCGCCUCUCCUCUCUCCUCCGUGGUCAUCCUUGGUUCCGACCCAGAAUGUCUCUCUUCUGUCCUCCGCUGCGCCCAGCGUCUCGCUCCCUCGCUCCCCACGCUGCAGUGGAUUAUGGGUAACCCUCUGUCACCUGACUCUCUCCUCUCGCUGGGCGGGCCCCUCGGCCUAUUGGCUUAUGGAGAGGUGGGUCGUAAGCCCAUCACCUUCUACAUCCGAGACGCGCUGCGGUUGAUUGGCCAGGCGGUGACGUCGGCCAGUGAGGUGAGCCCAGACCUGGCUCUGAUCCAGAACAUGGUCAACUGUUACGACAAACCUAACAAAGAGGAAGUGCCCUCGUCUGGACAGUACCUGGCCAGGUUCCUCUCCAACACGUCGUUCCAGGGUUCUACGGGCGCGGUCCGUGUGGCACCUGCUCUCUCCCAGGUCCUCUCCUCCCAGCUGUACCACGUGUGGAGCCUGAAGAGAGGUCCUCUUGGCCAGCCAUCCUGGGUCACCGUGGCCCACUGGACCACCGGGCGCCUACAGCUGGACGAGGGGGUGUUGGGGCUGGGGGUCGAGGCUGGCCUGGGACUAGGCCCGGGGAGAAGGACAGGGUCCGGGUCUGGGUUAGGGGUCCAGAGUGGGGAUAGGGACAGAGACAACAGUCCUGGAGGGAGAUGGAGGCCGGGGCUACAGAUGGCGGGCCGGAGAUUAAGGGUGGUGACCCUGGUGGAGCAUCCCUUCGUGUUCACUAGAGAGGUGGAUGAGGAUGGGCUGUGUCCCGCUGGUCAGCUCUGUCUGGACCCGAGGACUAACCGCUCAUAUCUACUGGACUCACUGUUCUGUCACCUGCACCAGACCAAUACAACUGCUACCACUACUGACCACAACCCAACAGAGGACCUGCGGAAGUGUUGCUAUGGUUACGUUAUUGACCUGUUGGAGAAGCUGUCGGAGGACCUGAAGUUCACCUUUGACCUUUACAUCGUGGGAGACGGGAAGUACGGAGCGAUGAGCAGCACUGGGAGUUGGUCCGGUCUGGUGGGAGACCUGCUGAGUGGAACAGCAGACAUGGCUGUGACAUCAUUCUCCAUCAACUCAGCCAGGAGCAGAGUUAUAGACUUCACCUCUCCAUUCUACUCUACCUCUCUGGGGAUACUGGUGCGUAGCCAGGACACAUCAGCCCCUAUUGGGGCCUUCAUGUGGCCUCUCCAUUGGUCCAUGUGGGUGGGCAUCUUCGUCACUCUUCAUCUUACCGCACUCUUCCUCACCGUCUAUGAGUGGAACAGUCCCUUUGGUAUGACUCCUCAUGGCAGGAACAGACUCAGAGUGUUCUCCUACUCCUCAGCCCUCAACCUCUGUUACGCCAUCCUGUUUGGACGCACUGUCGCUACUAAGACUCCUAAGUGUUGGACCAGUAGGUUCCUGAUGAACCUGUGGGCUAUCUUCUGUCUGCUGGUGUUGUCCAGUUAUACAGCUAACCUGGCUGCUGUCAUGGUGGGGGAGAAAACCUUUGAACAGGUGUCUGGGAUUCAUGAUGAGAAGCUGCACCACCCAUCCCGUGGGUUCAGGUUUGGGACAGUCAGAGAGAGCUCUGCAGAAGACUACAUGAGGAAGAGUUUCUCUGCCAUGCAUGACUACAUGAGACGUUACAACCAACCCACCACACCAGACGGAGUGGACAUGUUAAAGACAGAUCCUCCCCUACUAGAUGCCUUCAUCAUGGAUAAAGCUCUAUUGGACUACGAAGUCUCCAUCGAUGCUGAGUGUAAACUAGCGACUGUGGGCAAGCCUUUCGCUAUAGAGGGGUAUGGUAUAGGUGUUGCCCAAGGCUCUCCUCUCACUGCCAACGUGUCUGAAUUCAUCAGUCGCUACAAGUCAGAAGGGUACAUGGACAUAUUACAUGAGAAAUGGUACAAGGUGGUGCCAUGUGGGAAGCGAGUAUUCACUAACACUGAGAAUUUGUCGAUGGGGAUAGAUCAUUUCUCAGGCCUGUUUGUGAUGUUGUGUGUGGGGGUGGUUGGAGCCAUCUUUACCUUGGCAGCUGAACACACCUUCUAUCACCUAGCCCUGCCCCGGCUACGACGGUCCCACACACUCACCUACUGGUUGCAUACCAGCCAGAAGAUCCAUCGAGCCCUGAACACCCCUUACGAGGACGUAGGGAAAGAGUUGAUUGGCCUGGACCACAAUCCCUCCCCUUGUGUCUCUGACAGCUGCAGCCUCCACAGACACCGGCAGCCUCGCCCUCCUCCUCCCCUGUCUUCCCCCCUGCCUGCCCCCCCUCCUCCUCAGCCCUCCUCUCCUGCCCGGGACAUCAAGGAGAACAAGAGGGUCCACUUUGAUCUGGAGAGCCUACACAGCUACCGUCUACACACACACACCGCCUCGUUCCGGGGACGGCCUGGCAUGGUGGGGCGACACGGCCUGGGAGGGUGUCUGGGUGGUUUAUCUCCUCCUCAGGUUAGCCUGCAUGCUAACGGUGGCCCAGCAUCGGCCUUGGCCUCCCCCGGCCUGGCCCUGCCUCCUCUGGGGAACCCAGGCGGCCAGGCCUUCCUGUGGGAGGGAGAGCUCCAGGAGGUCCAGGGGAGAAUCGAGACGUUCACAGCCCAGCUGAGAGACGCCGUGGCCAGGAGGGCCGAGAUACAGACCUGCCUGGAGAACCAUAAAAUGAACCAGAGCACAGCUACUGCUGUCAAACUGGAGAAAGACAUGGUUGGCCAGUCACAAUGCCUGGAGAGAGUGAGAACCAACGCAGAGAAAGAUAAAAACAAGGAAGAGAGAGAGGGGCUCAACCAGGAGAAAGGAAGGAGUGGCAGAUCAAACCUCUGUUGCAGCCUGGACAGAAACAGAGACAGAGACAGGACAGGCAGGGACCAUUCCACUGUGAGACAAACAGCCAGACAGGACACAGAUAGGGACAGACUGUUACACCAAUCAAAAACUGAGAGAGACCGAGACGACCAAUCAAAAAGCCUGGACAGAAAUGGGAGUAGCCAAUCACAUGCCUCCAACUUUCUGCAGACAGGGAGGAACAGCCAAUCAGAAGCUCUGAACAUCCUACAGAGGAGGAUAGAGAUCCAAUCAAAAACCUCCACCAGCCUGGACAGAGAGACAACCAACCAAUCACGUGCUGUCAAUACACUGCAGGGAGAAAGAACUGUCCAAUCACGUAACUCCACCAGCCUGGAGAGAGGAAGAGCCAGGCAGUCAGGUGCAGUGAAAGACCAGGAAAGGGGGAGAACUGUCCAAACACGGACAGGGGCUAGUCUGGACAGAUUGAGAGCUAGCCAAUCCAGCGCCGGCACUGGGAAUCUGGUUAGAGAACGUCCCGCCCCCAUGGACACCCAGAAGAGCUUGUGUUAGUCGUUUGAUUGGUUAUUUAUUAGAACACAAAAGACCAAUCGGGGGGCUGGAAAAUAAUCUAACAGGUCCAAAUGAUUUACAAGGCAGCGGAUGAAGUAAAAAAAUCUGACAGUUUUAAAAAACAAUGACAGAGAUGUAGCCCUGGUCCUCUGAUGUCAACGGCUGCUGUCUGUUAAAACAAAUGUCUGAUCAGAACUUUACCCAUCUACUGUUUGUCUCCACUAGGUGUGUUUCCUUUUUGUUUCUAACUACUAAUACCUCUCUCUCUUCAUCUGUUACCCCCGGGUUGUAUUCACUAGGAACCAAACAGAACAAAACGGGAAGGGACCUACCUGAAUUUGUCUAAUAGAAUGUCUCGUUUUCGUUGCAGAAAGUUUUUUGUUUGGAGUGAACAGUUUCCGUUGCAAUGGGUUGUGACUAAUGUUACUAAUGUAUACACCCCAGGUAUGUAGUCAGUUCUCAGUGGGUCAUUCAAGGUACACAUGUGGCUCCUAAAUGUUCAAUCAAGUGCUAUCUGCACCCAACCGGGUAAGAAUCGGCUAUCCCAGAGGGCAAACUACACGUGUCCACAUUGUCCUGACUGAUCCUCUAUAAGGACCUUGAGUUGGUUUGAUACUAUGCAGUUGAAUUGAAUUUACUUUCAUGGAAUUUGUAUGUUGAAUGUCAUGGUGGUGUCAAAUGUAACUAUACAGUAACAAUAGUCGAACCUGGAAGUGAACGAAAAAGGUGGACGUGGAAAGAGAAAUGGGGGUUGUAUUUGAGCCUAUAGCAGGUGUUCUACAAGAGAUGCAGGUUGCUAGGUUACCUGUCGAGGACUGAGGAGUGUUGUAGAUAUGUUGUUCUGCUGUGGAUGGGUCGUGUUCGGUGUACCAUAAUGCUGCCUAUAACAACAGCUAUACGUCUCAUUCUCACACACAACAGAAUUGUAUCAGCAUAUUAUUGGGACUCGUAUCAUGUUGUUGUAUAUCAUUUCCAUAUUUUUAAAUUAAACAUUUAUAUACUGGUUUUAAUGGGACGAAUUACCACAGACUGUAAUG